AUGACCUCCACACAAUCUGAAUCUCGGGCAUCAAGUCAGUCGAAAGCAAAUCGUUUGUCUGUUUGUUUGCAAGCUGCUUUAAAAAACCUUUGGCUGCUAUUAGAAAAUAAAUUUACAAUUUGGAAAAUGGUCCACAUUUGCACUCUUGUGGCACUGCUCUGCCCCGUCAUGUUGUUUGCUGCGCCUUUGGAAAACCCGAACCCAAAGUUUCAGGUUGAGUACAUCAGCAACGACAAAGUAGUGGGUGCUGCCAACGUAUAUCCCAACAUCGUGCCCAUCACUCGACCGCCGUUGGUGACGCAAACCGCUCCUCCUCCUCCACCCCAUUCCAAGAAGUUCGCAUAUAAUCCAAAGUCGCAGACGUGGACCCUGAUUGCGUCAGGCGAUCCGCUGCCUAACGAAGACACUCUCACCUGGAAUCAGAGCAACGACAAAUGGCUAACCCGCUAGGCAUCCCAGAUCGACAAUGGUUUUCUUUUUAUGUUAGGUGCUUUAAUUGUUAAUAUAAUAAACUAUUCCGACAGACA